CAAACUUAAAAAUACACAUUGCAAAAUGUUGUCUAGAAAAAUAUGUUUUAUUGUUUAAUUAAAUAGUCUAUAACAUCAAGUGAAAUGCGCAUAUAGUUGCUUCGUCAGAUAGUACCACUUCCUCAAGUUCCUGACCAGUCAUGAGUGCCCUGUCAAUCCUUGCCGAGGAGUGUGAAUUACUCAAUGACAGCAAGUACCGUUCCUACAUCACCCAGGUCGAGAAAGCACUCAAGAGUUUUGACUCGACGAGUGAAUGGGCAGAUCUGAUAUCAGCACUUGGAAAACUUAAUAAGGUGUUGCUGGCCCAUGUGCGGUACCCUGUGAUUCCCAAGCGGGUGACUAUAGGCAAGAGACUGGCCCAGUGUCUGCAUCCUGCCCUUCCCAGCGGUGUACACAUGAAGGCCCUGGAGACGUAUGACAUCAUCUUCAAAUGCAUAGGCACUGACCGGCUUGCCCAGGACCUGUUCAUCUACAGCGCAGGACUGUUCCCGCUGCUCAGUUACUCUGCCAUGAAUGUGAAGCCGGUGCUGCUCCUGAUAUAUGAGCACCACUUUGUGACGCUGGGGCGCAGGAUCAAACCAGGCCUCAAUGGACUGCUACUGGGCCUGUUACCAGGUCUCGAGGAAGGCUCAGAGUUCUAUGACCAGACUGAUGCCCUGUUGCUAGACUUCUGUGAGUGCACAGAUCCCCCAUACUUCUACACCUGUCUCUGGGAGUGCGUACACAGCUGUCCGUCCGUCCGUCUGGCGGCCAUCACCUUCCUCAUGGCCCACUACAACAAGAAGCAGACCAUGGAGGACCAGCUGCACAUGGUCGGCCUCAACAUCAGCCUCAUGAUUGAGGCGCUGUGCAGUGCAGUACAGGACAGCAGUGUGCUGGUACAGAGAAGUAUGCUGGACUUCCUGUUGGUGGCCUUCCCCCUGCACAACCGCCAACUGACCCACGCGGACAUGGCGCGUGUUGUCCUGGCCACCAUCACUGUACUUCUCAGGAGGGACAUGUCCCUCAACAGGAGGUUCUAUGCCUGGUUGCUGGGCAGCAACACUACGCUGGUGCAAGUUCAGGAAGCAAGAUCCAAGGGAGACGUCUCAGAGUCUCCAUCAGGCGAGAUGACCUACUUUGAGCGGUAUUCCCGGGACCUCCUGGUGCAGGCAUUGAGACAGCUACUGGUGGAGAAGCCCGGGGGAUCUGACACAGUAUCUGCUCGCUCAGCCGUCCUAAAACCCUUCAGAAUCCUCAUCAGCCUGCUGGACAAACCAGAGAUCGGUCCAGUAAUCCUAGAAAGUGUGCUGCUGUCUAUAUUCAGAUGCUUGUGUAGAGAAUAUGACAUUUCUAAAUCAAGCAAAGUCUCUGCUUUUGUAAAACAAGCCUUGAAGAAAGAUGACAGCUAUUAUGAAGAACUCUUGAAAACAGCCAACCUACUGUUUGGAACUUUUGAGCCGUACUUCAUCUGGGACUAUGCCUCGAGAAAGUUCCAGGAGGCGUGUGCAGGGAGCCAUGAGGGGUUUGUGGGGAACCAGGAGGCAUGUAUAGGGAGCCAGGAUGGGUGUGCAGGGAGCCAGAGGUCCCUCAGGAAGAUAUCCGGUUCCCAGUCCAUGUCUGAGCCCCAGGAGUCAGCUGAUAUAGACGAGCUGUGUACACUGGUGGCCUAUCUGCUGGACAUCGUAUCCCUGGAGACGUUCAGUGAGACCCAGACAGAGCAUCUUCCCCACCUCCUGUGCAGUCUGAUCACAAGUCUGACCCGCCACUGCUCCCACCUCCCGGACGCUCACAUCCUCCGUAUGCUGCGACUCUGCUCUAAGAUCCUCUCCAAGGUUCAGCCAACCGUGACGGUGUCAGGGUCACAUGACCAUUCAGCUGACACGUCAUGUGACGCCAGUAUGCUAGAGCAGGUGGAGUUAAGAGGUUCUCCAGACUCUAAGUGCCCUGUCACAGAGCCUAUGUCAGUUGAAGAAGCCUUGAAGCUGAAUGAGAAGUUAAAGAAAGAGGAACCCAGACCACCUGACUCCUCUGGCCCAAAUGUAGCACAGUCUACACUCAUGAAAGAAAGCUUGAAAGCAGGUGAAAUAGACUCCACAGAAAGUGAAGAUUCUCAAAGCCUUGAACAUGAAGCAAGGAAUAAGACAGCAGUGACCCGGACACUCUCUAAGCACUUCAGGUCUGUGAACCUCAUGCAACAGUGUAUAGACUGCUUCCAGGAAUUCUUCCACACGCUGGUGAACGUGAAACUGCUUCAGGAGAGGUGCCAUGUUCAGUGCUACUUUGCCAGACUGGUUGAUGACCCUGACCUAACCCUGACCCCUGAUCUCUCCACCUGUGGUCUGAUAGCGUUGACAGGGUGUGAGCAGGACCGGGUACAGGCAUUCUCCACAGCCUGUCAGCUCUUGGUAGAGUUUGCCAGCUUCCCCAUGUACAGCCAGGCUCUGCCUCCAAACUCUGAACCCACCUGUAUGCCCAGCUGGGUGCAGGACCUGGUGGUGUGUGCAUGCUAUGUGGACAGCUUUCCUGUACAGAGUGCAGCCAUCUCCGCACUGCUAGAUCUCAUCAUUCUCAACCAGUCCCUGCAAAGGCCGCCCUCUAGCUCUGACCUGACCAGGGAGGAUGUGAUGUCUGUACAGAUCCUGCCCACGUUGCACUUCCAGCAUCUCACCUUCCUCAUUGAGAAAACACACUUCUUCCAGACCUCAGCAGAGGUGCUCUGGGGUUACCUAGGUGAUGGUACACCUGACUGCCACCAGACUGCAGUGAAACUUCUAUACAUCCUGCACCAGGUGGCUCCCAGCACAUGGGUGUGUGAGGAUGUGAUUGGGAACCAGCUGUCACACCAUGAUGAGGUGGUGCAGAUGGAGGCGUUUGGCAGGUUCACCACUCUCUGGCAUCUCACCAGGAGCAGCAACACAGAUGUGAUCCCAGGCAAGCCUCACAGAAACUUUCACAGGUCCAUGUUUGUAUUACUUGACUGCCUCUCUGAUGAGACCAGUGCUCUCAGGGUGCUGGCCACCACCUGGCUGACCCACGUCAUACAGCAGGGCGACCUUGCCCGGGUCAUGGAGCCCAUCCUGCAGAUGUUGCUGCAUCCGGACACUUCCAGGGUGUCAGUGCAGCAUAUCAGCAUUCACGAGCCCCGUAGGGUGACCCUGUCAGAGAGCAGGGAGGACGUGGAGGCCAACAUCUACGCCAUCAGCAACGAGGGGGGCAAUGUCAUCUACCACGUCAACUCACCAAAACUGUUCACCAAGAAACAUCCAGGCACGAGUGGUCACACCCGCUCACACGCCAUGACUAUCCUUGGAGAGAGAGGAACACUCACUGCAUCAGCAAGAUCAAAGUCUGAACAGGAGCUUCAUUUUGACAAAGUGGAUCCCACCAAUCUGAGUUUGAGGAUCAACCCGUUUGGCUCUGAAAGCUCCAUCGACACUGUGGGCUGGGACAGCAUGCCUCUGCAGCCUCCAUGUGCUGGUGUGCUGAGAGCUAAACGACUGGAUAGAGAGACGUGUGUCAAGGAGGGCAUACACUUUGUAGGGAAUGAUGAAGAGACGUCAAAUGAUGUCAGUGAUGGAGAGACAGAGGAAUCCAGUGAAAGGUCUGAAAAAGCUGUGGACAUUGCUAAAGAAAUCAUUGAAGACAUACUGUUGAAUGUAAUCAAGCCAGAUCCAGUAUCUUCAUUGUCUGCCAGUGACAAAGGGGAGAGUUCCAGUAAAUGGCGACCAGAGCUUAGGAAGGUUUUGCAGAGGGCAGACAGUACUACGUCCAGCAAUGUGGGGGAUCAGGACCUGCUGAGUCGAGUUCAGAAGCAGAGGGUUGACUCCCCCACCCCCAGUGAAAAGGACAUGUCCUUGUACCAGGACAUGGAGAGGGACACUACCAACAUCCACAGUCUGCAUAUGCACAUGCUGCUGUACACACAGAAAUAUGACUAUGAGCGCACACUGUAUGCCCUCUCCACUGUGAAGGCAAUGCUGACUGCCUGUCCCCGUCUGAUGGUAACCGCCCUGGUCACCACAAACAUCAGUUCAUUAAAGGCACCUCAACUCGCUAAACUCCAGCUACUGUUGGCCAGGCACCGAAAGUCUGUCUUUGGUAAAGGUUUCUAUGGUGACAUUCCAGCAGAAGUGAUGUUAACCUACAGGAGCAGUAUGUUCAUUGAAGUGCUGAUAUCUGUGUGCUUGUUCUUUGUGAGAGGAUAUUACCCGAACUUAAUGGUCAGCAAGUUGACAUGUGAUGAUCUGCUUGGCAAUAAACAGGUGCAUAUCCUUGCCACAGAGACCUUGACCUCCAUCUUGUUUCAGGUGGUGAUCAUCAUGAAAGACUCCGGGAAGAACUUUGCCUCCUACAUGAGUGACUUGUUUCAGAGAUGCAAAGUGCAGAAAGCACUUCUACACUGUGUGUUAGCUGUGAUAUACAACAGUCGGCAGAAGCAAGAUACUGAACAAAAUGUGGCUAAAUUCACUGAAGACAUUGUGCAGUUCAAUGAAGAGAAUCUGCUCCCAGCUGUGAAUGAGACAUUCUUGGUCAAGUUACUGGAGCUGCUGUCUGUGAUGAUAUCUCUGGAGGAGCCAAUUUAUCGUUAUCUGGGCCUCAAUGAUAUCAGCCCUUCCAGUUCCGAGUGGGACAGACUGAGGAUCAGCUACCAGCCGUCCCUGAAAAACGUCAAGUACACUCUGGGUCAGCCUAUCGUCCAGCAGGGCAUGUUUGUGUCGGGGGUGUUGAGUGCCCUCAAGCAGGGCCACCUCUGUCACCUGCACCGACACUGGCUCACCAUCAUCACUGCCUCCCUGCCACACCUGGGCAAGCACCUGCCGGCAAUCGUGAUCGCUGUUGUCAAUCAGCUGUGUCGUAAUAUUGAGGCACUGGCUGCGUACUACGAGUCUGAAGGACAAGGAAGGCCAUCCCUGUCCAGUAUCCCCCCUGACCACCUGCUCACCAUGAUGGAGUCCCUGAUGACCCUCUGCCACUACUGCCUACUGGACAAUGUGUCGCCUGUCUCCAUUGGUCAGCAGGUCCCCAGCUCAACCAAUCAGAACGGAGCUACUCCAGGAUCUACAAAAAUUCUCUCUAACCUCUUCAAUGUGUUUAAUCCUGUUACAAGAGAUACGAGUCCCCAGCGUGACACAGGAGUGGUCUCUCCUGUCCUGGAGGCUCGCAACAACAUCCUGUCAGUGAUGCCUCGUAUCAUGGCCUGCCUGAUCACUCUGUGGAGGGCUGUCAACAUCGUAGAUAGACGCGAUGAGGCUUCCACUGUGGUACUCGGCGCGCCUAAAGUUGUACGCCAGUAUAUACUGGAGUUUAUCAGCCCUAUAUCGCUGCCACAUGGCAUACAUCUGCUUGGAGCGAUUGCUGUAGCAUGGAAUGACAGACGAAGGAAACCACUUCCAAAGUCCACCAGAAAGGUUGCUGAGGCUCCCAGUGAUGACCAGGUGUUGUUGGUGGAGCUGGUGGGGGCCCUGCGUGUGUUGCCGCUGGAUACGCUCAUACACACAGUCAAAGAUGUGCUGGCCAACCCACCAAACAGUGAGCUAAGCAGGAAGAGGAGUGUAUCUCUGGAAGUGAACAUGCUGCAGUUCUUCUACACGUACGUCCAGCACAGCUCCCCCGGUCAUCUGUCUGACUCCUGGUCUGCCCUCUCCACUCUGCUCAGGGAUUCCCUACAGAUCAAUCUGAAUGCACCAGGACAGUUCCUGCUUCUUAUGAUACUGAAUGAGUUUGUACAGAAGACGCCAGCGUUCACAGAGAAGCGUUCACAGCGAGAGGUUCAGGAACUUGCACAGCGCCUCCUGGAGGCCGUGUCCAACAUUGCAGGCUCCAGUCUGGAGCAGUCUACGUGGCUACGCAAGAAUUAUGCUGUGAAGCCUGGUCCCCAGCACAGUGCUGACAUCGAGGGGGAGGACACUGGUAAGUCUGAGCCUGUGGCGGUGCACAAGCGUGUGGCUGACUUGGAUCCAGUGAGACUCAACUCUGUUGAGAGCAAGUACAGCGUCCAGGCACUCUCUGUACUGGCAGAGAUCACUGCCCCACUGCUGGAUGUCACAUACAGCAGUGAGGAGAAGGAGAAGGUGGCUCCAUUCCUCAUCACCCUCCUCUACAACAUCUUCCCCUACCUACGAGCUCACAGCACGUAUAACCUGCCCAGCCUGCGUGCCGCCUCCCAGUUUGUGGCAUCCAUCAGCAGUUACCAGUACACCCGCAAGGCGUGGCGUCGAGAGGCCCUGGAACUCUUGCUGGACCCAGGAUUCUUUCAGAUGGACUUGGAAAGUAUCAAAUACUGGACCACCAUCGUGGAUAACCUCAUGACACAUGAUAAAACAACGUAUAAAGAUCUCAUGGCUCGCGUGUCCAUGGCACAGACUGGUUCCCUGAGUCUGUUCACGAGUAGGGAGCAGGAGAUAGACCUGAAGGCUGGUAUGCUCAAGAGACUGGCAUUCACCAUCUUCUGCAGUGAGAGCGACCAGUACCAGAAAAACAUUCCUGAAAUACAAGAGAAGCUGGCAGAAAGCCUACGCGUGCCGGCUGCUCCGUCUGUGAUGGCCCAGGUGUUCCUGUGUUUCCGGGUGCUCAUGCUGCGUGUCUCGCCACAGCACCUCACCUCCAUGUGGCCAACCAUCAUCACUGAGCUGAUCCACGUGUUUCUGCAGAUAGAACAGGAGCUUUCCACUGAGACAGAGGAGUUUGUGCAGCAUAUGUCCACUGUUUCAAGGUACUUGAAGAUGCAGGUGCAGCGUAUUGCGGCGCUGGACUCGAGCUGGGCCCACCUUGGUAACGGUCUCAACGCACACAACCACCCAGCCUGGCUGCAGUUAUACCUGAGCGCCUGCAAGCUGCUGGACCUCUGUCUGGCCCUCCCUGCUGACUCUGUACCACAGUUCCAGCUGUAUCGCUGGGCCUUCAUAGGAGGUGCUGCAGCAGGGGAGGGAGACGAGGGGCUGGACCCAGAGGCAGCUGACAGGCCUGCAGUCGGGGAGGGCAAAACUGAUAGGCCUGCAGGCGGGGCGGGCACAACUGAUAGGCCUGCAGGCGGGGCUGGGAAAGCUGAAAGGCCUGCAGGUGGGGCAGGAAAAGCGAAAGCAAAAAGGAAAGAGGCGAGGUUCAAUCCUCACAUCAUCCGCUUGGCGCGACUCCUCAAUGCCAAGUUAAAAGGGGAUGUUCCAUUGAAAAAAGUGACUCCUGGUCGACCCCUGAUAACCUUCACACACUUACGGUCCCUUCAAGAGCUGCAACCGUUUUUCAACACACUGUGCCUGGCAAACCAGUCGGACAACCUGCUGCUGGCGGCCCGCCAGUUGGGAGCAAACUUGUCCUUGAAACAGUCAGCCGUCAUCACCAAUGGCCACGGAGGUCAGAAUCUUGGACCCAUGUCCACCAGUCAGUCAGACACCAGUGGGCGGGGCGCAGGUGGGCGAUGGUUACCAAAGUCCCAAUCGGCGCCCAGCUUUGCUGUACCCCAGCCAAUGAGUGAGCAGGGAGCUGAUGUUACAUCAAACAAGCAGUUUAUUGAGGACAACCUGCUGAGGGAUUUCCUCGAGAUGGUCUCAUGAUCUGGACACAUACUUAUACUUAUGAGCCUAGCUCUGGGUUAACGUGGUUAAAUGCAUGGGGGCAAAGUGUUGUCAAAGAUUAGCCUGUGCAGACUGCACUUUCCACUUUAAUGGAAUAUUUCGUUCAUAUGAAGACUCUUCUUAACAAAACUCCAGUGUAGGCGGAAAGUCCCACUUGCAUUAAGCCUUACAGUGCUGGAACCGAAAUUUGAAGGCCUUUGCAAACAGUUUGGAUCCAGAUGAGACGCCACAGAACGUGGCGUCUCAUCUGGAUCCAAACUGUUUGCUAUUCUGAUAGUAAUCUUUGAAAAAAAUCGAAGAAAAUGCUAAUUUUAGAAAUUCAGGAGACGACAUUUUAGCAGAUGACAAAUUACCCAGCAUGCAAAGGGUUAAGCCUCAUUUUUGUAGAGCCAGGCUCAUUUACUUGGGCUAUUAUUAAAAGUUUUCAGAAAUACCGGGAUAUAUUUCUAUGCUCAUGACAUACAUUAAAUAUUAUACAACUUUAAAGUACAGUUAAACACCGCUAUUUGGAAGUACUUUGUAUGGUCAUAAAUAGUUCAAAAUAAAAAAGUGUGAAGUAGAUAUGUUUUUGUUAAACUAAUACGUUUUUUGCAAUAGAAGAUACAUAUCGCUAUAUCACACAACGUUGACUUGAUGCGGUUCUCUUGUCGUAUACAUGGCUUCUUUCUGAAGUCCAUACAUAUACUUUAUUAUGUGCAAAUCUGUUACAUGGGUAGAUUUUAUAUGCUAUAUUAUAAAUUAUUCCAUAAAUGGCAUGCUUUGUUUCUAUUGGCUCUUUCAUUAAAAAUAUAUAUGGCAACAUUGUGUCGUGAUGGUAUAUCGUAAGUACAUUACUAUUUUCUUGCUUGUGUAAAAUGUAUAUGGCAGCCUUUAUACAUGUACAAUAUGCUUGUCUUUCAUGUUUCCUUUCUUAACUCAAAUAAUUAUUCUUGUACACAUACAGAAACCAGAGACGUAGAUAACAUAGAUGUUAUCUACGUCUCUGCAGAAACAUUCCAUAAAACAAUCAUGUCAAUCGAUGUUUUGAGUGUUAUGGCUUUUUGUACGUGUUUAGUGUUUAUUUGUUGCUUUGUUUAGAUGUUUUAGCUGAUUGCUGGUAUGAGGUUUUAGCUGAUUGCUGGUAUGAGGUUUUAGCUGAUUGCUGGUAUGAGGUUUUAGCUGAUUGCUGGUAUGAGGUUUUAGCUGAUUGCUGGUAUGAGGUUUUAGCUGAUUGCUGGUAUGAGGUUUUAGCUGAUUGCUGGUAUGAGGUUUUAGCUGAUUGCUGGUAUGAGGUUUUAGCUGAUUGCUGGUAUGAGGUUUUAGCUGAUUGCUGGUAUGAGGUUUUAGCUGAUUGCUGGUAUGAGGUUUUAGCUGAUUGCUGGUAUGUUCCUAAUGUUUAUAAAGAGGAUGUGAGGACUAUUGGUUAAAAUUAAUAGUAUUGUUCCAGUAAUGUACUGUCAAAGCGCCGAAAAAUUUAAGUUGCCAUGGAAAUUGAAAAUAUCAGAUUUAUGUACCGGUAUAUUGGUUGCUUCAUAUGUAUUUUUCUCUUAAAACUAUUCGAAAACAACUGCAUAAAUGAUUGAGGAGAUACAUUCACAGAAAUGCUUCCAAUAAUAUAUAAAUUUAGUUUUCGUUGCAAGCUUUUUAUUCUGAGGGAUAUUUGAAAAGCUUUACCUUCAUGCUAUUGCACUUGUUUACUUACAAUCAAUAUUUUGGCCAUGUUGCAAACACAUUCCUUGAACUUUCUAUAUUUUACCAAUUAAUCUUAAUUUUAACCGAUGGAAAGUGCAAGUCAAGUCAACAGCCUUUAUUGGUAUAAUGUAUUGUAAUUUUAACUACUGUAUUUCAUCUCUCUUUUGCAAUCUAUCUGUCACCAGGUCAAUCAUAAACUUUGCCCAAUAUUUGCUCAUGCUUGUGUUUGUGUUUCGUUUUCAACGAAGUUGUCUUGAAUUUACAUAGCAUUGAUUAAUCUUUUAAUAAAUAAUUUAAAUAAAUUUCUUUACAUUUUAUUGACAUCAUUAUUUUCUACCUUUUACGUUUGUAUAUACCUUUGGAUUCAUUAAUCAGCUACCUGUAUUGUAGGUCCGCCUAUUUACUAUUAGAUUUAGAACACUGAGUGGAUGCAUAACUCUUAUUGCAUAUGUGUAAGUUCAAGGUCUUGUGAUUUGAAUGUGAUUGCCUGCUUAGAACAAUGCAUGUACGACUUGAAUUGUGUUGCGAUGGGCGGCAAAAAUUACGAAUGUAUCAAUGUUGUUAAUUCUGAUCAUGUUACGUUUAAUAUAUUGAUUGCCAAAAAAAUAUAUUACGGUUAUUUAAAAUAAACACAAUAAAGAAA